CUGUCCAUAGCAGAUACUAAAUCAUGGCAGCUCUAAGAAACAAGCAGUCAUCGUGACAUCAGACAUGUGAUGUCAUAGACAGCUGGAGUCCUGACAUUCCACUGACAGCCGCCCGAGCCUUCAUUCUGUAGAUUGUUACAGUGCGAUUAGCAACUUCUAUUUCUUCUUCUUGACUGAGAUGGAGCUAAAAGGUUUGGGGUUCGUCCCCCUUCUGUUGGCGUUUUGGUGUGCGGCCUGGCUUGCCACCAGCUACAUCGUGACGGUCGUCCUCGGCCAUGCCGCCUCGCCACUGAUGAGCAUCAGUGACGUGGGAAAUUUCUUUCCCGAAAACAUAUUAUUGAGAAUAGGUUUCAUAGGGACGUCCAUUGGCACUUUGGUACUAACCUUUCUUAUUUAUAAGUAUAUGGUUAUGCAUACUGAAGAGUUCAGGGGUCAUCAGGUCCUGAUCCAGAGGAUCCUGCUGGCCAUUGUGUGGGCCUCCUGUUUUGGCACAGCUGUCAUGCAUGUAUUGUCCCCCGAAGAAUAUCCCAGGAUACACUUUGUCAGCACGAUAAUUUCCAUUACAUGUGAAGCCUUAUACUACCUUGGGCAGUCCAUCCAGAUGUAUAAAUUACCAGGAGCAAACAAAGUCAUCCACCAUAGUAGAUGCACCUGCUGUGGCCUGACUUUUACCUGCGCAAUUUUCUACUUUGGAUAUAAAACAUUACAGGAAUUAUUCUAUGAUGAUGAAGACUGGGACGAGAUCCGUGAAAUCACCAUCAUAAUCAUCGAGUGGGUGAUGCUUCUACUGAUCCUGAUAAACACCGUGACCUAUUAUUCCACCAUGCAGAGGUUAAUGUUAACCGUCUCCAGGAACAGCUGCAAACUCUCUCUUAGAGUAAGAAUUGAUGACUUCGGGGUGUAGACCACCACGUGGACCAUCAAGUGGACUUCUGGGAGAGAUACUGCACAGGACACGGGAAAACCAUAAAAAAAAUAA